AUGAAAUUUGUCUACUUGUUGGAUGUGCUCUUCAUAGCAGCCAUUGCGUAUCAUCUUGCAUUGGCACCAUACACAAAAGUGGAGGAGUCAUUCAACAUCCAAGCCAUUCAUGAUAUCAUCAACUAUGGCGUCUAUCCACCAGAGCAGAUUGAGCUUUACGAUCAUAAGCAGUUUCCAGGCGCUGUGCCCAGAACCUUCGUGGGGAGCUUGCUUAUUGGUGGAAUUGUGAAGGGAAUUGACGUUGCAUAUAGCAUGCUCAAGGGUAAGCUGUUGGCUCAGAGUGAGGACGGGAACCAGCUUGUAGCCCAGUAUGCUGCUCGAGGUGUUCUAGGGGUUGCCAACUUCCUCGGGCUCCGCUACUUGAGGGAAAGUUUGUCAAAAGUAGCCUUCUGUGAGAGAAACAGCAAGGUAAAGGGGGCAAUUGGCGUGUUUUACACGCUCUUCAUGCUUGUUCAGUUCCAUGUGCCCUACUAUGCUACCCGGACCUUACCAAACUUCAUUGCAUUGCCCUUUGUGACAUUUGCGUUCGGCAAGUUGGUGAAGGGGGAUAUGUCUGGGUUGACAUGGUUGUCGUUCACUGCGUGCAUCUUCAGAGUGGAGAUUGGCGUAUUCGCUGCCACGAUAUCAUUCGUGUCCUCGCUCAUCUACGGUCAGUCUGAUAUCAGAAUCAAUACAUUCUUACUUGCCGUGGGAGCUAUCGUUGGUGUCAUGGUAUCUGUCACAGUGGACUCGUACUUCUGGGGUGAGUGGCUCUGGCCAGAAUUCGAGAGUUUCAGAUUCAACAUCCUCCACGGGAAAUCAGUGGAAUGGGGUGUUGAGCCAUACGGGGCUUACUUCAAAAAAUACCUUCUCAAUUUCUUCCGUCCUCCACACGUGCUACUUUUGGCCGUGUUGGGCCUCUUGGUAGACCCUGCCAACGAUGGAACUCCGACUGAAGUGACUGAGGACAACAAGUUAGUUGUUACACAUCCAGCUAGAAACUCCUUGAGGGUCUUGUCGUUGUCUUCCAUUCUUUACAUCGCGUUCAUGUCAAGACAACCACACAAGGAAUGGAGAUUCAUCGUCUAUGUUGUCCCUAUCCUCACCUUACAGGCUGCGAACGGGAUGGCGAAUAUUACGAGGAAAUUGCCUGUUCUGUUUGCUCACAAGCUCUUGUUCUUCAUCAUGCUUGCGAGUGUGGGAGUAUCUAUCAUCUACACAAGCAUGAUGAGCUAUGCAUCCAGCUUCAACUAUCCAGGAGGGGAGGCAGUCACAUUUUUGGACAAUUACUUGCUCCAGAAUAGAGCCGGCGAUUCAGUAUUAGUACACAUGGAUGUGGCCUCUUGCAUGAGCGGAGUCACUAAGUUCACUGAAUUACACGCUCUGAACAUACAAUACGACAAGACCGAGGAAAUUGAGGAGGUUUCACGUCUCUGGAAUAACUUUACACACCUCAUAACUGAGGUAGACAUGGAUAAACAGAGCACUGAGUCGACACUCAUCAAGUACGAGCCCAAUCACUGGAAAAAGUUGAAAACUGUCGAGUCAUUCGACCAUGUGAACUUUUUUCCGUUCGUUUAUACCGUUCAACAUAUUCAGCAAUAUCAGGCGCUUCCUCCAGAGAUUUCACCCACUGGUACUUCCGACCCGUGGGAUUACGUUGAAAAGUUAAAAAAAUUUUUGAGAAAUGUGGUGGUUACGAAAGAUUAUUUGUAUGUUUACGAAAGGACGGAAAAAGAUGCCAUCCCAGUCUACAUUAAGUUGGAUGAAGAUGAGCCAGUUUCCUCGCCUCAGGAAGUUCCUGUGAGUGAGCCAGCUCCAAUAGACGAAGAUGCUAUUAAGGACGCUAUUAACGAAGAAUUUGAUAGCUUCGAAGAUGCUCACGCAACGGUCCUUCAUGUUUAA